GUUUCUCAAGUUGGUCAAGGUUCGAGGGGCGAGCCAUUUUCUUCUUUCAUGAUUAGUCGCAUGGUGUGGUAGUAGUCUCUGUAUAUUCGCAACAGUUAUUAUCAGUAAAUUAUUUAUUUGGUGUCAUAUUAAAAUCUCACCAUGCCGAAGAAUAAGGGAAAGGGAGGUAAAAACAGGAGGAGAGGAAAGAAUGAAAAUGAAACAGAGAAAAGAGAGUUGGUAUUCAAAGAAGACGGACAAGAAUAUGCUCAAGUGACAAAAAUGCUUGGAAACGGUCGACUCGAAGCUAUGUGCUUUGAUGGAGUCAAACGACUGUGUCAUAUUCGAGGAAAACUACGUAAAAAAGUCUGGAUCAACCAGGGUGAUAUUAUAUUGAUUGGACUCAGGGAUUACCAAGAUGCUAAGGCUGAUGUUAUCUUGAAAUAUACCGCAGAUGAAGCUAGGAAUCUCAAGACCUACGGAGAAUUCCCAGAAACUGUUCGUAUUAACGACACCGUCACGUUCGUGGAAGAUGGAUUUGAUGAAGAUAUUGAGUUCGGUGAUGAAGUUAUUAGUUCAGAUGACGAUAACGUAGAAAAUAUCUAAUGAGUCAUAAAGGAAUAACAAGAAAAGUAGUAGGAAAUAAAAUCUACAAAAAUAAAUAAGAUCGGUUGAACCUCAACAAUUUAAUCUGGUCAAAAAAUUGAAUUAAAUAAAUAAAUAAAAGGAAGCAAGUAAAUCUUUAACUUCCACGUGUAAAAGUAAUUGUAUCUAUAAAAUAAACUAUCAUUUUUUUCGUUUACUUUUUCAUAAA